CGGGACCCGAGGACAAGGAGCAGGCGCUGAAGAGGGGCCAGUUCUUCCUCAACAGCCGUCUGGGGGGGCUUAUGUAGGAGGACAGGACCGCGGGGCAUCCGGAGGAGGGUCAGAGAGGUCGUCUGGAGCUGAAACCCAGUGGCAGGAUGGCAGGGGUGAAUGGAGACCGUAAAGGGAAGAAAGAUGACAAUGGGAUUGGGACGGCUAUCGACUUCAUGCUUUCCAACGCCAAGCUGGUGUUGGGAGUGGGAGGGGCCGCCAUGCUCGGCAUCGCAACUCUGGCUGUCAAAAGAAUGUACGAUCGUGCCAUCAGCGCUCCCACCAGCCCCACCAAGAUGGAGCAGACUGGGAAGAGGAGCUGGGAGGAGCCGGCCUGGAUGGGCUCGUCGCCCCGGGUGCUGAACCACGACAUGAAGUCCGGCGUCAGCCGGUCGCUCCAGUCCCUGCCCACUUCCUCACACGCUUUUGAACCAGACGGCCAAUUUGGAGGAUUCUUGCUCCUUUUGUACAACUGUCUGCGGAGAGCCGUGGGUCGCUCUGCCUUGGGGGUGAGCGGCGCCUCUCAGUCCGAGAUGCUGCGUGCCCGGAUGCGUCUGUCUCUGCAGGAGAACCUGUGGGAGUUUUACCAAAACAACGUCAACAUCCCGGCCGAGGAGCAGGCUGUGGCCAGGAGGGCGGCGCUGGACAUCUGCGCUGAGCUCAGGGUGUUUCUUCACGCCAAACUGCCUGACAUGCCGCUCAGAGAGAUGUACCUCAGUGGCAGUCUCUAUGACGACCUUCAGGUGGUGACUGCUGACCACGCCCAACUGAUGGUUCCUCUUAUUUUGGAGAAGAACCUCUGGUCAUCCAUUCCUGGGGAGGACACCAUCAUGAAUGUCCCGGGUUUCUGGCUGGUUCGCAGGGAAAACCUGGAAUAUUUCCAGCGGAACAGCAGCUACUGGGACCGCUGCAUGGUGGGAGGUUACCUGUCCCCCAAGUCCGUGCUGGAAGUGUUCGACAAGCUCGUGGCGGGAUCCAUCAACUGGCCGGCUAUCGGGAGCGUCCUGGACUACGUCAUCCGCCCCGUGGUUCCCUCGGAGACGCUGACCCUGGAGGUGCAGUACGAGACGGACCGGCGGCUGUACGUGGACUUCUUGCCUUUGCUCGUGAUGGAGGACGGGACCUCGCUGAUUGCCAAACCGCACCGGCUCGCCGCCGAGCGCCACGAGAACCUGUGGCGGCAGAGCUUCCGCGUGGCGGAGACGGCGCGGCUCCGGGCGCUGGACCAGGAGGACGGAGGCUGCCGGUGCAUCUGCUUGAAGGUGGCGAAGGCCGCGUGCAAGCUCAACCCCGCCCUCAGCCGGCUGAACUCCAGCCAGCUCACCAACGCCAUCCUGCUGCUGAGCGAGAAAGAAGGGGACUGGACCACGGAGGCGCUGGCCGACCGCUUCCUGCAGCUGCUCCGGGCGCUAGUGGGACACCUGGAGGCCGGGAGGCUGCCGUGUUCCCUCAGUCCCAAGGUUAACUUAUUUUGCGAGUUGACUGAGCAGGAGGUGGACGAGCUGGGCUACACCCUCUACUGCGCGCUGUCAGAACCGGAGACGCUGCUGAGGACUGCCGUGGCCGAGCCGCAGCCCUGACCAGCAGGAGCUCCACCUCCGUUCACGUGGCUCCAUGAAACCCCCUGCAUGGAAGAAUCGUCUAUCAUGAAACACCCCGUCUUGAUUCUUGAUGCCUCUGUGAACGAACAUGUGAUUAAACGUGAGGCGGUCGAGGGUUCUCAGUUUUGGGGCAUGAAAGCUGUAUCCGUUAUCCAAAUAUUUUAAAUCUCAGCAGGAGGUGGAGGGCUGUUUCAGUGGGUGAAACCCCUUAAAGCUGUCGCAUUGAUGAAAUUUAUCGCGAUUACGGCGACACGUUCCUCUGAAUUAAGAUGGACUUAGCGUACUUUGUAUUUGUUGCUCCAGAUGAGAUUGGAAGAAAAUUCAAAAUCAGUCGUAUAUUCGAGUUUCUUCUCUCCGGCAGUUCAGAGUCAUUGUGGUUAUUGUGCUGACUGUUUUUGUUGAGUUUAAAACUAUUUGAUUGCCCCCCCUCCAAAAAAACAAAACAAACAAACCUCAACAUUUCUGGCUUAUUUUGCCUUAAAACUUCUCAGACAAUAAACCAGGAAUAUUUCACCAACACGGUGGUUGAACCGGUGACGUUAAAUGUGGAUUAUGUGAAAACAGUCUUGAAUGUCUGCAGUUGCAUGUUAUAUCUGCAUUGUUUAUAAACUGCAACGGUUAAGUUAGCGUUACACGUUGAUGUUUGUCACCACGCCAUUCGACGGUGAAUUUGAUAUAAAGUGGAAGAUGAAUCUUCAAAUUAAAUAGUAUGUACCGUGGAAACAGGAAAUGCCUGAUUUGUCGCUGAUUCAUUAAAAUCCCAACAAAUGAGCAGCAUUUUUCUGUAAGUAGACAGUUUAAUCACAUGACGACGGGACACAGAGCCGGUCUUUGUUCUGUGAUUGAGCUUCUUGUCCAGGUCCAGCACGGUUAAUGAGCUGCCCGCACUGCGGACGCCCCCCGUCACAUGUUUGAUAAAGAUGUUCUGCUGCAGAUUAAGAACCAACCUGGUUAAUGGGAUCAAUUCUUCAGUUUAGAACAUAUUUUUAGCUACUGAUCUUCAGCAGUUUCUUUUUUUUUUUUCUAAAUCCAACCACCACGAUGUUGAAAGCUACUCAUUGGCAGGGGUUUUGUUUGUCCGUGUAAUGUUUUGAUCUCAGUGUUAAGCUUCAGGUUAUAGUCAGAAUCCAGUGGUCCGGUGUUCGUCUACUUUGAAUCAAUGUUAAAUCCUGAUCAACUCGAGGGUGCUAGCCUGAGUUGUUUAAGUAGCCAGGCGUGGAUUUAAGUCCAUGUCGUAUAAGCCAAACAAACGCUCUCAUGAUCCAUGUGGUUGCUCACAACGAGCAGACCGCUUCCGUCUGUGACUUCUUCACCCAUAUUAAUAGAUUACUGCGGCUAAUCUCUCUGAUGGCGGUCCGAUCCAUCAGGAACGACUCACACAUCCUCAGCUAUGUAACAACGGCUAUUUCCAGUCCAGGUUUGAUGGUCAAUAUACGAUCUAAAGUAGUUCUACCAAAUCCACUAAGUCUUAUUAGCUGGGAUCGGGUGUUAGCUGGACUAGUUGAGAUAGCUGCCAGACUGCCAAGAGCCGUUUAACAUGUCGCUACUUGCAAAAAAAUAAUAUCCAGAAUAUAGUCUGCCUCCUUAUUGUCAAUUUAAGCUUUUAGAAUGAAAAGAAAUUAAAUAUAGAACAAAUAUCUAGAUCCCGACUUAAUGUUUGUACAAUGUCCUUAAUGGAGGGGUUUGGGUUCAUUAUGGUUUUAAUUAUGUAUUUAAUCAGAUACUAGAUAAAGGUGACUAUUUUUGUAUUUAUUCAUUGGUAACCAAAAAGAGCUGAAUAUUUAUUUUCACCGGUGCAGUUCAUCAUGAGGUACCCAUCAAGCUUCAAUCAGUGCUUUUAUUUAUUUUCCUGGAUGUACCGAUAUAAACUGAAUCUGUGCUAGAUAAGGAACAUCAUUUUACUUCAUGCUUUAGUUUGAUUUCCGUGCAGGAGUGAGGGGAAUCACUGUGCCACACUUGUAAUGUUGAUGUAAAACCCCAAAGUAUAUCACUACCUCUACCUUGUGGAGGGCGUACGAGCCACCUGCUGUGAUGCAUGCCACACUCUUCCCCCCCCGGCUGCAUUCUUAUCAUUUCAGUUCUGGAGUCAGCAGUGCAGCACUUUGUACACUUCAAAGGUUGAAAAUGUCUGUAUGGUAUUUUGUUUUCCUGCAAAGAUAUGCUUGAAAGAUUUUUAUUUCAAACUUAAUAAACUUGUCCAUCUGAAAACA